AGCCAGGCAGGCAGAUAGGGUUAGUCAGGGGGGAAAAAAACUUGAGGGACACACUCACGGAGAGAAAGGGAGACACAUACAUACAUACACUGGGAGAGACACACACACACACACACACACAGGGUGAGAGAGAGGGAGAGAGAGACACACACACACACACACAGGGUGAGAGAGAGGGAGAGAGAGACACACACACACACAGGGUGAGAGAGAGGGAGAGAGAGACACACACACACACAGGGUGAGAGAGAGGGAGAGAGAGACACACACACACAGGGUGAGAGAGAGGGAGAGAGAGACACACACACACACACAGGGUGAGAGAGAGGGAGAGAGAGAGACACACACACGGAGAGAAAGAGAGACACACACAGGGUGAGAGAGAGACACACACACACACACAUACUCUGGGAGAGAAACACACACGCUGGGAGACAUACACAGGGAGAGAGAGACACACACACACACAGGGUGAGAGAGAGGGAGAGAGACACACACACACACACACACACAUACUCUGGGAGAGACACACACGCUGGGAGACAUACACAGGGAGAGAGACACACACACACACAGGGAGACAUACACACAGGGAGACUGAGAGACACCAGGAGAGAGAGGGGCAUAGACUCGCACACGGGGUGGGGGAGAGGGGUAACCGUGGUCUGGGCACUCCGGCUCAGCUUCUUCCUGGUCACCGGGCGACACCUGUUGCUCCAGAUCCUCCCGGUGAUAUCAGAAAGCAACCCUGCAGUCAGACUGCCUGCAGACCCCCAGCGUGUGUGGGAGAGGCUGCAGGGAACUCCGUGCUGUCCCGGGACAAGCCCCUGGAUUGCUAGCCCCCAGGGGUUGGGGAGAUGAGCUGCUCCGACUGCAGCCUCUGAGAGCAGGAGCCGAGCUAUGGAUCUGAGCACCGCACUGUUCACACUGGGCUGUCUGUGGGCCGUCACUCAGGGUGACUGGAUUCCUUCAGAAUACAGCAGAUCCCAGCAUUUCGUUCCUCAUCAAGCCAAAGGUGCCGAUGCCAAGGAUUCGGAGAAACUUUAUUCGGUGUCUGUGGUUGGAAAAGGCCAUUGGCAGGCUGUCCAAGUGACGCAGAGCCCAGAGCCGGUGGUGGAACUUGCCAAGCCCGCCAAGUGUAAGGUGCGGCCCACGGUCAUCGAAAUCACCCGGAGCAUGGUGGAUCACACCAGCGCCAACUUUGUUGUGUGGCCAUCCUGCGUGGAGGUGCAGCGAUGUUCUGGUUGCUGCAACACCAGGAACUACAAGUGCCAGGCAACCAAGGUACAAGAGCGACACAUCAAGGUGGUAACAAGGAGGAUAUGCCCCCACCGACACUGUAAAAACAAGAAUGCAGUGAUUGUGUUGUUAGACCAUGUCGAGUGCAAGUGUGUAACCACUGCUGAAAACACAGCUUCGUGGCAGAGACAGGGAUCUCUGGUGAGUGCAGCUCCCACUAUGAUCCAGCCUCGAGGACACAGGAAGCGCAAGUAUCGGAAAUUCAAGCACAUCAGCGAUGGCAAGGAACUCCCCCCGAGAUAGGGGCAGGCAACAAGAUUCAGGUGUCCUACACUCGGAUCCCACGGAGAAUCCAAUUGAAAUCGCAGUCGGUCAGUGGGCUCUAUCUGUCGGGGCAGCUGCUCACAAUCACUCCAACUGUGAUCGACUGGAUUUUAACAUCUUCAUGGCCCAAGGUAGCGACUUCAGGAAUGGCAAACUCCUGCAAACCAGAGACAAAUGUGCACUAAAGACUGAAGCUGAUUCUUAAUACGGACACCAUGCUAAUGACGACUGGAUUUGUUAGCUUCAUGCCUCUGUUGGGGUGAGAAAUGGACAGAGAGUGGUUGAUUCUGCAUGGAGACCCAGGCUGUUUGCACUGUAUAUUUUGCUUUUUUUUAAUAUAUUUUCUGUGUAUUUAAUGUUGGUUACUGUGAUCGGAGUGAACAGCGUGAGGGGAAGCCAGGUCACCAGCUGGUUCUGCCCGUUUUGAGUGGCAUUUCACAGGGGUACCUACAGACGCCCCAGGUGCUGAUGUUCAAUGCCCACUUCCACCCUCCUCCCAGCCCAGGAUGCUAACUGCACGGUGCCUGUCUGGUUCCUAACCUCCUUCGGGAUGCAUGCAGACCCCCCAGGCCCAGGAUUGGAAACCAGGCCAGAUCAGGGUUCAAUGCUGGUCUGUGAAAGCCGUGACUUUGUGUCCCUGCAGAUUUGGCUUGUGUUUGUGCCUCCAAGCUGUGUAACAGUUAACUGGCCGGAGCUGAAAGAAGUGGCCUGGGCCACAGCCACAGGAGCCCCACGCUCGCUCAGUCACUCGCUCGCUCAGGGAGACCCGGCCCCUCCUGCUCCUGGGAUCGAAGCGUGCUGCAUAGUUGAGGAGCUGACGGCACGCCUGGUCCUUGCUGCUUGUUUACACUUGCCUGAGGCAAGGGAUCGGCCUCGAGUUGGUUGAGAGCCAGGACUGUGAUCCAACCCCAACUGUGGAUCUAACUGCAGCAGCACUGCCCCAGCGAGGGGCAAAGGUACCGGAACACAGAACAGAGGAGGGGGCAGGAAGCAGCAAAGGGAUUGCUCUGUGCAGGUGCUGGCGUGGGUGAAGUUAUUCUGCUGGAGGCUGUAAACAGCGGGGGAUUCUCCUCAGCAACUCACCUGUAUUAUACACUGGAAUGGAAUCUCUCUUUUUUUUCAGGAUAAAUAUUAUGACUAAUUAUUUAUAUAUUUAAAGUUGUAAAGAUUUAUAUGAAACACAAUAAAUGGCUUUUUGUGA